CCCCGUUGCCGUGCCCUCUGGCACGAAAUGGAUCGAAAAGGUAUACCCAAAGACCUCCACAGUUACACUAUUUAUCUUAACGUAUUGUCGAAAUCGGGGAAACCUUGGAAGGCUCUGAAGUUAUAUAGGGAGAUGAAGAGUAAAAGAUUGGAUCUUGAUGUUGUUGUUUAUAAUAGUGUGAUUCAGGCUGCCGGGUUUGCAGAGGGGGCGGAUAGGGCGGUUAGGGUUUUUAGAGAGAUGAUUGACUGUGGGUGUCGGCCGAAUGUGGUUUCGUUUAAUACUGUUAUUAAGAUGAUGUGUAGGGAGGGGAGGUUGAAGGAGGGGUAUGGGUUUUUGUAUAGGAUGAAGAAGGAGGGGAUUGAGCCUAAUGUGAUUAGUUAUCAUUCCUUUUUUCAGUAUAGUGUGAGGCCGAAGGAGAUUUUGUGCUUGUUUGAGAGGAUGCUUGAGAGUGGGGUGAGGCCGAGGAUGGAUACUUAUGUGAUGUUGAUGAGGAAGUUUGGGAGGUGGGGGUUCUUGAGACCGGUCUUUAUGAUUUGGAAUAAGAUGGAGGAGAAUGGAGAGAGUCCUGAUGUGUUUGCUUAUAAUGCAAUGAUCAAUGCGUUGUUGCAGAAGGGGAUGGUGGAAUUGGCGAGGAAGUAUGAUCAGGAGAUGUUGGCGAAGGGGAUCUCUCCUAAGCCAAGGAAGGAAUUGAGGACGGAUUGCUUGGGAGUGGAGGAGCAUGAUGAUGAUGAGAAUGCAUUCAGUGGUGUCUUAUGAGGAAAACGUGUUAUGGAUUAACUUGAUGUUGAGAUGUUAUAGUGACAGGGGUGAGAAUAUUUCGUAUGAUAAUUCCGAAUGGGGAGAAAAAUAAGCUCAAUUGAGAGCUCAAGAGAGGGAGGGAGAGGAAGGGAGGAUAAUUCUAAUAUUUCUUUCAAUGUUUUUGUUUCUAACUUGGGCGAGAGGCGCAUGAUUAUGGCGAUGCAAUGCUUUUAUUAGUGUCUCUUGAGAAGGCAGUUUUUGGUGUCUGUGUUAUGGAUUAACUAGAUGUCAUGAAGUUAAGAUACAUAGCUUGAAGACAUUUUAUAUCAUAUUCUGAUAUUUGGAGAAAUAAGGUCUUGAAUGAGUACUUGGGUGGGGAGGAGCAUGAUGACAGCAACAGUGCACUUAGUGGUGUUUUGAGAAGAAUUCUUUUGGGUGUUUGCAUUAUUGAUUUACCAGAAGUUGUGAAGGCAGGAUGCUCAGCUUGAGGAUAUUUCGUAUGGUAUUUCUGAAAUGGGAGAAAUAAGCUCCAUGGAGAGGUCGGACGUUUUCUUGCUGACUUGCAUUAGGGUGUCUCCAUUGAUUCAAUUCUCCUAAACCCGGCAUGACGAAGCUUAUUCUUCAAUGUUUUCGGGUUACUUGUGCUUUUCACGAGAAGUCGAUCACGUACAGAAAACCAGGGGGCGGGGGAGGGCCUGGUGGCGGCGAAUGAGGCUGAGGCCGAGGCUGAGGUGGUGGUGGCAGACCAGGGGCACGUG